AAGGGAGGGAGGAAUGUGAGCGUGUUGCACUUGAAAACUAGAUCUCCUCCUAGAAAGAGCUUUUUUUCACAGAAAUCGCGACUUAUGUUGUAUGAUUUAAGCGUCUACUCAGUGAACAAGCCGUUAUAAAAGGGAGAAACCGCCGUAGCAGUCUGAAAGACGAAUAUUAACGUGCUUUACACCUUGUAUAAAAAGCGAAGAAGAAAACUUUAAAGCUUUAAACUUGAGAGCACUGCGUGACAUUUCAUUUGAAAAUGACCAUGGGUGAUAUAAAAUGAUUUCGCUUUAAUUCGUCGUGUAGAAGUCUGAAUGCUAUAUACCCUUUUUAAUCAGCAACUACGUUUGAGCAUUCCUGUGAUCGAGCCUAUCAGAGACGUGCUCUUGACGUGUAUUUAUCAUUAACAAGUAUACAUCACAACAAAUGAAUGAUCAGCGUUAGAAAUAUUUGAUGUACAAAAAAAUCAUCACCUGUGAAUUGGCAGACUUAAGUAGUGUGCGCACGUAGCAAGAGGAGUAAAGGUAUUUGGAAUAUACGCAACGACACUGCGACCCUUUAGCAGCGGCAGAAUCAAGAUCCUUGCAUUGCGUUACUGAGCCAUUUCAGGUUAUGAUCUCAGCGAGUGAUGAUUCAAGCUGAAGUUGUUGCCUGACCGGCGCCUGCUGUUCCAGAAAGGCCUCCCCCAGGGGGCGGCAGAGGGCCUCGUCUCCCGAGCCGCGGCAACAUGAUGGUCGAGGCUAGCUCCUUCAGCAUCUCCCUGCCCUCGACGCCGCUGCAGGCCCGCUCCUCCCGCGUUACCUGUGUUGUCGCUGCAACGCUCGCCUUCCUGCUGGGCGUUGCCGUAGGAGUGACAUUACCCAUUGUUCUAGUUCAUUCACCGCUUUCCUCUUCCUUUCAAGUGGAUUUUAACAGGCAAGAAUUUGCACGGGACACAGGAUCCUUCGUCCAAUCGAUGAAGGAACCAGAAGGUGUACAGAGCCUCGUCGCACCUGAGCACACCUGGUCACCGUACAUCGCAAGCAAACUAGGCAUCGGCAACGACAGCAGCGGCAUUCCCUCCCUUCGUGCCACGAACGACGUCAGUGCCGCUGACCAAAAUGCCCUUCGGAGCGAGUGGAAGCGAAUGCCCUCCGAGAAAGACUUCCCUAAUGGAGAAGCGGCAGCCUUGUUGAUCGAAGGAGUUUACUGGGGCGAUUCAGUGGAAGAAAAAUUACCGCCAGGAUUUUCUGAUAGUGAAGUGGAUGAAUGGCGCAAAUUCACGCGCCAACAUGCAGUUGUACGACUAGAGGAAGGAUGUGGACGCAUGCAAAAUAGGCUGGUUAUCUUUGAAAAUGGUACAAAAUCAUGCUGCCGCUAUCGCCAAAACUAUGACCAAAUUCAAGGAGAAAUCUUCAGUUUUUACCUUAGUAGGUUACUAGGAUUGACUAAUGUUCCACCAUCAGCUUUAGGAGUUGUAAAAGCAGCUGAUUGGCAGUGGUCAAACGUAGGAAGCCAAUUGGCUUUGGCACAGUGGACGGAGGAAAGGCCCGUUGUUUUGACACGAUUCAUUGAGGGUCUGGUUCCUGCUUUCAUUCCAGCAUCUCUGCGAGAAGCGAAGCGCCGCUUGCACCCAGUGAACGUAGAGGGCCAAGAUCCAAGGGACAUGACUGAAUUAGCCCAAUGGUCCGAUCUCGUCAUAUUCGAUUAUCUCACAGCCAACCUGGACCGAGUGGUCAACAACUUGUAUAAUAUGCAGUGGAACCCCAAAAUGAUGGAAGCUCCGGCUCACAACUUAGCACGACAUCGAAAAUCAGGAUUACUCGUAUUUCUGGAUAACGAAUCGGGACUGCUGCACGGAUAUCGACUCUUAGACAAAUACGAGACUUUUCACUCUUCUCUCCUUAAGGCUGUGUGCGUCUUCCGCCGGUCCACCGCUGAGCGAGUAAGGCAGCUGGUACUCCGCCGGGACGUGGGAGAUCGCCUUCGGAAAAUGUUCCGGCGAUAUGAACCGGACCUGCAGGACUACCUUCCACCGAUACCGGAUAAGUCUAUUAAGAUACUUAACGAACGCUUGCAGAAUGUUCACAAGCAGAUAGCAAAAUGCGAAAAAUGGUACAGAAAUUCAUAAUUGUAAAUUUCUGCAUUCAAAGGAAACCAAAAAUAUGCCCCACUAUCACCUGUGAUAUUGUUAAACUAUGGCCAAAUGUAAACUCCCUCGUGCUAAGAUUGUGCGCCUGGAUUCAUAUGAAGAAUGCAUGUGAAGUGAUCAGUUAUACAUGGGAGAUGCGUAUGGACCAGUCCUAAUGAUUUUCCCGGAGCCACCUACGGUAGUGAGCUGGCCCUUGUAAACAUUGAACAUGCUCAGACUGAAACUAAGUGUGUGUGUGUGUGUGCGCGCAAAUAUAUACAUAUAAGUGUAUAUAUAUACACACAUAUAUGCGUGUGUGUGUGUGUGUGUGUGUGU